AUGCUUUUCUUAUUUCUUUCUUCUCCUUUUAAUUCCUUUUGGUUUUUUCUUCUUUUCAUAUCCUUUCUUCCCCUUUUUUGUUUCUUCAUUUGCCUUUUCAAUUUUUUCAUUUCAUUCUUGAAUUUUUUUCUUUCUUUCUUGACUUGCUUUUUCUUCUCCCUUUAUUUUUUUCCUUUCUUUUUUUCUUUCUCAUUUUUUUCAUUUUUUGUUCUCUCUUUAAUUUUUUCUUUCUUUCAUUCUUUUAAUUUCUUUCUUCAUUUACUUUCUUUGUUUCUCCUUAUUUCCUUUGUAUUUUUCUUCUUUUAUAUCUUUCUUUUUUCAACUUCUAUUUCUUUCUUUUUCCCUCUAAUUUAUUUUCUAUUAUUUCUUUUAUUUUUACUUUUCCAUAUUUCUUCUCAAUUUAUUGAUUUUUUUCUCCUACUUUUACUUCUUUCCUUCUCCCUCUAUUUCUUUCUGCUUUCACUUUGUUUUUACUUCUUUUUCUCUAUCAUUCUUCCUCAUGUUCCUUUUUUUGCACAUCAGUUACUAAAACUGACAGCUGCUUAUUUAUUUAUAUUCUUAUUUUUCUCUGCCUAA